AUGAUUAAAGAGGAAACGGCACAAUAUGAUAUUCCAAAAUAUCUUUUAAUACAAUGUGGUGUAUGUACUUUUAUAUAUCUAUUUUUGGUCUUGGUUUUUAGAUCUUCACCUUCACAUUCAUCAUCCAACAGUAAGUCGGUUGUAUCAUUGACAGUGUUUAUUUCAUAUUUUGCAGAUAAACCAUUUAUAUUUUUAACAACAUCUUUUGGAAUUAUAAUUGGAGCACAAUAUGCUUUAAGUACUUUAUUAGCACAAAUGAUAAUGCCUGUAUUUGAGAUUUAUGAUGAGUUAAAAUGUAGAUCACCCUUAAAUUAG